AUAAAGCCAAACAAAACUGUUUCUACCGCUGCUGUGGAUGAUUUUUUAAAGGCAUCUCCUCCCGAGGAUGCUCUGCCCUCGCCCUCUUCCUGGCUCUCCAGUCAAGGAUCGAGAGUCCCUCGCAGCCGCUGCCAGCUCUCCCUCGCCACGCCUCGCGGGGGCUCCUGUGACAGACCAAGUCUGGCGCUUUCCCAGCGUCGCAGCUGGACCGAGAGGGGAGCGGCCGCUCUGCAAAAGGAAGCAAGUUGCCAGUCUCGCCGGAACCGCGUCCGGGCUCCUCCGGCUGAGCGAGGGCAGGGACUUCCAGAAUCGCGGUCCCGGCCGCCGGGUUUCCGGCGCCGCCUCCAGGGACUGUGAGGUGAGGGAUGCUUCGCCGGGUGCAGGGGAGGCGGCAGGUGGCUGCGGCUCCUCUGCGCCGCCCGCCCCACGCCCCAUUCCCCGGAGCCCACCUCUUCCCGCCCGCAGGUGGCGCCCGGGGCUCUCGGGGAGGCGCGCACGCGCCCAAGCGCCGCUUGUUUGGGGGUCAGGAACGCUGCGCCCCUUUCCCUGCUGGGAGCCCGCGCUCCAGCCCCUGGAGUGGGGGCGACUCACGGUCCCUACUCGGAACCGUGGGGCAGGGAGACAGCGACUCCAGCCGCACCGGGGUCGGGAUCACCAGACGCGCGCCGGCUUGGUCUCCGCCCCUCCUUCUUCCCGGCGCGGUGUCUGCGGAGGAGCAGCGGAGAGAAGGGGGCUGACCCGGAGCGGGAAGCUGGGGCCUUCACUGCUUCCCCUGGGCAGUAAGGAAGUGGCUCUGUGAUCUCCAAGUUCCAUUUUCCAGCUCUGAAAUCCUAUAACUGGAAUUAAGAAGAAAUGAUCGGCCGGCUGCGUUGUCUUACACCUGU